CCAGCCUCUGUUCUAGUUGGUCUGAGGGCACAGGGAGCCAUCUGUCCACUCUGAGGAUAACUGACAACAAAGGGGACAAACAUUGGACAUGGACUACAAAACAAAGGGCUGUUCAUUUCAGAGACACCAGAAACAAAACAGACAACCAUUUUCUAUAUAAGAGUGUUAACUUUAAAGCAUAGAAAACGAAGAAUGUCUGAUAAGGAAGAAAUGGCUUCUGAUGGGAGUCUGAACGUUACACUGACGCUGAGACUGCUGAUGCACGGAAAGGAAGUUGGCAGCAUAAUUGGAAAGAAAGGAGAAACAGUGAAAAAAAUGAGAGAGGAGAGUGGUGCUCGCAUUAACAUAUCAGAGGGAUCGUCUCCAGAGAGGAUAGUUACUAUCACAGGACCUACAGAGGCCAUCUUUAGAGCUUUCUCCAUGAUCACACAGAAGUUUGAGGAGGAUAUUACUGCAGCAAUGACAAACAGCAACUUGACAAGCAAGCCACCGGUGACACUUCGCCUGGUUUUCCCAGGGAGUCAGUGUGGCUCACUGAUUGGAAAAGGAGGCUCAAAGAUCAAAGAGAUCAGAGAGUCCACAGGAGCUCAGAUUCAGGUGGCAGGAGACAUGCUGCCAGACUCUACAGAGAGGGCUGUCACAAUCUCUGGCAUGCCACAGGCCAUCACUCAGUGUGUAAGACACAUCUGCUCUGUCAUGCUGGAGUCUCCACCAAAAGCAGCAACUAUCCCCUACCGUCCCAAGGUCAUACCUGCAGGAGCCCAUGCAAUAUUAGCACCACAGCACUCUACAGCCUUUGCGAUUCCAGGGCAGUACGCUUUUGCACAUCAAGAUUUGACCAAGCUUCACCAGUUGGCUAUGCAGCAUAUCCCCCUCCCCUCCCUUGGGCAGAACAACCCUACCUUCCCUGGACUGGAUGCAACUGCCCCCACAAAUUCACAUGAGCUGGCAAUACCCAAUGAUUUUAUUGGCUGCAUAAUUGGAAGACAAGGCAGCAAGAUCAAUGAGAUUCGCCAGGUCUCUGGAGCUCAUAUCAAAAUUGCCAGUGCCACUGAUGGCUCAGCCAUGCGCCAAGUCACGAUCACAGGCUCACCAGCCAGCAUCAGCGUGGCCCAGUACCUCAUCAAUGCCAGCUUAGAGAUGGCUAAAUACACCAUGCAGGCUGCUUCCUCUGCAACCCCCGUUGACCUCAACCUGACCUUCUCUCAGUCUGCUCCCACUGCCUCCACUGCUGCUACGUCUAUGGCCGUCCUGGCAGCCACCACCCCAGCCCCAACCACCAUUAACGUCCACUCUCCCUCCACCUUAUCAACCAUUCAAAACCCACACUAUGCUGUCCCCAUUUCUAGUUUGCUUGGCAUGAAAGCUCUCCCUGUCCUGGCUGUCCACCCAGCAACCUCUAGCCUAAUGCAGGGUUUAUCCCCUUACACUGCAAAAAUGCCAACCUCCAGCAUCAAAAAAUCUGAGCGGCAGAAGUUUGCUCCUUAUUGA